AUGCUAUUCAAUUUGUGGGACAUACAUAUUGAAAUAAGAAGUAUUCCGCAAAGAAAUAGAUUACCGACUAAUUCACAAAAUACUAUUAUUAAUUACUUACCAAGAAACACUGUUAAGAACAUAAAUAAACGUAAUCCAAAGGGUGAAACCCCUUUACAUACAGCUUGCAUAAAGGGACAGAAAGGAACAGUGGAAUCUCUUCUUAAAGCUGGUGCAAAUCCAAAUACAAAAGAUAAUGCUAACUGGUCACCAUUGCAAGAAUCUAUAAAUUUAGGUCAUUAUGAAAUAUGUGAAUUACUAUUAAAGGCUGGUGCAUUUUCUAAUGUACCAGGUAUAGAAAAUAGGACACCUUUACACGAAGCUGUUAUAAAUAAUAGAGUAAAAGAAGCAAAACUAUUACUUGAAUAUCAUGCUAAUAGAGAUGUUUACGAUCAGUAUGGUAAAAAACCUAUAGAUUAUUGUUGCUCUAAAGAAAUGCAGGAAAUUCUAUCAGAUAUGGAUUUAUUUUCUAAUAAUGUAGACAGCGAACAUGAUUUAAAUUGUACUCUCAAUCAAUCAUUAUAUAAUAGUAAUUUGAUUGUAUAUUUAUCGAAUUUGAAUGAAAGAAGCCAAAAAUUAUUUGAGGGAGCAAUUUCAAAACAUAAGAUAAAAUUUGUGCCUACUUACAAAUCAUGCGUAACUCAUGUAAUAGUCGAAGCAAAUAAUCAAAAUAUUACCAAUCUUACCUAUGAUGUUAUGCUUGCUUUACUCCAUGGCAAAUGGUUACUGACCAGCGAAUGGAUUUCUAUGAGCUUAGAAUUGGAGGAUAUACAUCAGAUGGAAUUAGAAUUAUUUGAAGUCAGUGGUUGUCCUAUUUUGGGAGUACCCAAGCGAGCUAGGGAAAACGAAGAACAUCAAAAUCCACGAUUGUUCAAUCGAUGUUACUUUUAUCUUGCUUUACAAGCUAAGGUUGUUUAUCGUAUCGGCGAUGUUAAUUUAACGAAGGAAGAAUUGACGAAGUUAAUAAACGCAGGUGAUGGAACCGUCCUUAACAGAGAACCGAAUCCAGAAGAUAUAAAAGACAAGGAGCAAUAUAUUCCAUUUCAUACCGCUCGUAAUCCUCACCAUCCUUUGUACAAGUGUACACACUAUAUUAUAUAUGCUCCUGGGAAGGAUGAACCACGUAUAAAAUAUAACAUGUGUCACAUAAGAAGUCUACCUCUGAUAUGGUUAAUUGAAUGUAUAGAGAAGUUUACUUUACUUAAUCCAUCUCAUUUAGAUGUGAGGUUCACACAAAUGGGCGGAGCAAAAGAAUUGAAAGCGGAAGGGGCGAAUCUGACCGAGAAGCAAAAAGUGGCGAUAAAGAAGAUAUUAUCCCGAGCAUAG